CAGACGAUAAAAUGUUGUUAAUUGGGCUGGGCUGUACACAAAAGUAAAGUGCAUAAUCCGAGCAAAGCGCCGCCAUUAAAUUUAAAGCUUUUGGAGCUAAACCUGGGAGGUUUUCGCUGCUCUUUCACUCUGUGCUGGAAAUAAGUUCACUUCUUUCAGGGAUUAGCUUCUUCUCUGUAGCAGGUAAGUAAAGACUUGGUUUCAAUUCCCAUGUUGUAUUUUCUUUGUAGAAGGAGUGUUCUCCAUGGGAGACAAGCUACAACAGCCUCUCAAAGUCACACACUUUUUCACUUGUUUCCAAAUGACCCAACUAGUUUCAGGCUGUCAAAUACUCUCAGAUUGAUGUCAACCACUUCAAACCAGAACUCGCUCACGGUUUCAUACCUCAUAAACAAACUUGGGUUCUCCCCAGAAUCUGCUUUGGCAGCUUCCAAUUAUGUCCAUUUGAAGGCCCCUAAUAGUCCUGACUCUGUCAUUUCAUUUUUGAAAAACAUGGGUUUUCAAAAUCCCAUAUCAAAACAAUGGUCAACAAGGUCCCAAGAUUGCUUGCUUCUGAUGCUGAGAAAACCUUUUUGCCCAAGUUGAAAUUUCUUCAGUCCAAAGGUAUUUCAAGCCCUGACCUUGCCAAAUUGUUGUCUAGUUUCCCAAAUAUUCUGCUAAGAAGCUUGGAUAGACAAAUUAUCCCUUUUUUCAAUACUUACAGUAAUCUGAUUCAGUCUGAUGAAAAGACUAUUAAAGCUAUAAAAUGGAAUCCGUUUCUCAUAGGAUAUGAUGUGAAUAUUAUUGAUGCUCAUUUGUUACCAAACAUGAAUAUUCUACGCGAUCAUGGAGUGCCCGAAUCAAAUGUUAUAAAAAUGCUUCACCAAUUUCCUAGAGCUUUGUUGAUAAAUCCUGGUGGCUUAAAGGAGGUUGUGGAAAAAGUAGAGGAAACGGGGUUGAAUCCUCAGAUAGUGAAAUUUAUUCAUGCUGUCUCUGUGUUGGCCGGAAUGAGCAAAUCCAUACGGGAGAGGAAGGUUGAUGUUUACAAGAAGUGGGGUUGGUCUGACAAAGAGAUUUGGGAAUGUUUUCGAAAGUAUCCAUCUUGUUUUGCAGUUUCUGAAGAUAGGAUCAUGGCGAUAAUGGAUUUUCUAGUGAACAAGAUGAGUUUCGCUUCUUCUCAUGUUGCUAAGCAACCAAGUAUUCUGAGUCGGAGCUUCAAGAAGAGGAUCGUUCCAAGGGGUUUGUUUGCUCAACAUCUGUUAUCUAAAGGUUUAAUUAAAGACUUGAAAUUGUCUCCAUUAUUUGACACCACGGAGGAGCGGUUCCUCAAGUCUUUUGUUGCCCGUCAUGUAACUGAAGCACCAGAACUCUUGGAGCGAUAUAAUGAAAUAUUGAAAAAUUACAAUCCCAGUCAUAUCCUUGAAUAUCUUGUUGCACCAUUAUUUACAAAUGCAUCACCGGGAUAUUGGCAAACAGAAUCAAAUGUUGCUAGCCCUCAUUAGUAAAAGCCAGAGUGCUUUUGUGGAGGGAAUGAGCUUUAGUAGACAAUUUGCUUAUGGCUCAGGAGUUGGUUAAAGGCUACAGUAGAUCUACUUUGUUCCCUAGAUGUGCGUUGAAGAUUGACUUGAAAAAGGAAUUUGAUUCUCUGAACUAGAACUUUAUCUUCAAUGUUUCAACCGUUCUUGGUUUUCCCAUUGGGUUUAUUUCCUGGAUCAAAAGCUGCAUCUGCAUUCCAAAGUUUUUUGUAGCUAUUAAUGUGUCUUUUAGGUUUCUUCUCUAGAAAGAGAGGGUUAAUACAAGGUGAUGCUCUAUCCAUUUAUUUGUUUGUACUAGCUAUGAAUGUUCUCUCACUUAUGCUAGAUCAAGCCGUGUCUAAGGUUUGUUUUCAGUUUCAUGCUAAGUGCAAAAGAAUCAAUCUUACUCCUCUCAGCUUUGCUAAUAACUUGAUGAUAUUAAGCAAAGGCAGUAGAGAAUCUCUCAUAGCUAUUCAGGGGUUCUUCAAAAGUUUUAUAGUCUCCCUAGCUCGUUGCUGAACGAUUCUGAAGAGUGAACUAUUCAGCUCGGGCGGCUGACCAGGAUAUUACUGCUAUUCGCAAAAUCACUGGUUUCAAGACUUGGCAUAUUGCAGUUAGAUACCUUUGUGUUCCUUUAGUGACCAGGAGAUUAACUGGACGUGAUUGUUUCCCAGUUACAGAAGAGAUCUUCAAUUGAAUUAAUGAUUUAGCUUGCAUUUGGCAACCACCAACACAUUGCACCAUGAUUACUCCACACAUUCAACAA